AUGGAAAAAUCAUCGUGUGAUAAUACGUUAGUACUUUGUCGACAAUCGUGCUAUGAACAGUCGCGGAAAAAUGUGAAAAUUGCGACAAAGCUGAAAUUCACCGAUGAAUUGGAAGAAAGAGACGAACUAUCGAAUACCGAUGAAAACUAUGUACAAGAAACAUUCGAAGUUCUUGACCUACCUGACCCUGGUUUUUUCCAAAAGUUGCCUGCACUUCCUCGAGCUCCUAAUUCGGAACCACCCGCACCUGGCUCGUCAAAGUCGGAUGCAAUGGAGAAUGACCGGGAAAACCGAAGUCAAGUGUUGGAGCGUUUGACAGGCAAGCGGCGUAUCAAACACAACUUAUGUCUGGAGAACUGGCGCAGCGAGUUGAGCCGAAUCGGUCAAGAUAUCGAAUUAAGGUUAAUGAAAGCGAGCACAGAAACUGCUAACGCUCUUGAGGAAAGUUGGUCUAGACAGAAAGAAGCAGUGGAUUUCUUUUCAAAAGAUAUAGAUCAUCCAUCAGUUCAAUCACAUGAAGUCCUGUUGUCUUGGAGUCAGCUGGAAAAGGAAGCAAGUAAACGGCGUACGGCAAUCAGCAACCUUGAACAUAACUUAGAAGAACUGGAAGAUGAAAGAAUUUCAAAGAGUCUGAACGCAGAACUGAUGGCCAAUCGCUGCCAGAUAUCUACCCUGAUCAAAAAUUUACAGACUGCGGACCUUUUGACGCAGCGUAGAUUUGAACUUGUUUGGACUGAUCAUAAGAAACGGUGGCAACAGAUAAACACAGAUAACUGUAUUCAGAACUUCAAAAUUUAUGUUGUUUUCCGAGAGGAAGUUUAUCAAGGAUCACUCCAAUUAUGCCCGUUUUUCUAUGUCUCUAAUGCGAUUCAUACCUCUUUGCUCAAACAGCAAUGCUUCUCCUGGUCCGCAGAUGCCAAUUUGCAUGCCUUUGCCAGUCCUCUCUAUCGCUUUGGACAGAUGUUAGCUAACUUCUGGCAAGAGAUUGGUGUUAAACCAAUCAGCCAGCGGCAUCAAAACCUUUUGAACCAACUGGCUGAAACGCGUGAAGGUGCAGUGAAAGAAAUCAGCGUAAAGGAUGAGAUUCUCAAUCAAGCCAUUGAUGCAUUGCGACAAAGCUCCACCGAAGAACAAGUUGAUGAGCGAUUAAACGAAGUACUGCGAAUAUUGGAUCAGAUAAAGAGCAUUUACGACACAACGCGCAACAAGCUGUUGACCGUGGUAAAUCAGUACCCUGCGGAUGUUCUGGAUUGUGUCGAUCUGUACGAGACUGUUUGUCAGAGAUUCUUCGGUGUUGUGCGUUCAGUAAAGCCUGAUCGAAGCUUGACAGAACGUCUCAAACAGAGUCACAAUCAGUCAAGUGCAAGUACUGGGAUCGAUGAAGUAAUCUGUAUCAAACAACCGGAACGCAGCAGAUCUCAGUUGGACCAGUGGAUUCAAACAAGGCAACCGUUCAAACUUGCGUCACCCGAGACCGGAUCAAGCGUGACCGCUCUCAGUGUCACAACUCGAAGCACAACAAGCACAAACACUACAACUGCAAUUUCAAGCAGUGACAGCCGACGAUCCAAGAAAACUCACCAACCAACAAACCCAUGCUGCUGGUUCCGAUCUAAACCUCGUGAGGAAGCGGUAAACGACCUGGGUGCUCCGUUAACUGCCACGUCCUUCGGUACUAUACGCGGGUCUAAUGAGACUGAUCGGGACAGACCCGCUUUUACUAAUGUCAUCCAAGAGCAAGUGAACAAUUCUGGUAUUCUCGGAAUGGAAUUGCCGACCGAUUUGACGGAACCACCAACAGUUUUAGUCUCCAAAGGAAAAUCUCUUCGACAUCAGAAACCUACUCCGAAGACAUCAGAAGCAAAUACCGUGAUGAUUCAGACCGCAUCUGGUGCUGAGCCAAUAUCCAUCGACAAAGCAGUAACUGAUGCAGUGCAACUUGUCCCAAUUGCACAAUACGAAGGAAUGAUCCAUGAAAUCAAACGAAAAGCACGAGAGAAUUUUCUCACACAUUUUGAAGAAUGGCGCUUUAAAAUUUUGGAUCAAGUUCAAGAAGAAGUGUUGCUCCGGAAGGCCGAAGUGGAGGCUGAAUACGAACUGCAACUUCAUUUGCAUGAACCGCGUAUACGACGUAGUCGGGAGGAUGUUGCUAAUGUGCGUCGAACGGAGCUAGUGCUUCACCAAGCUCGAAUUGAUCGUCAUGUGGAACAAGUAAAGUUGCUGCUGGGAGAUUUGCAAACUCGUGGUGUCGACGAGGUGGAUACACAAUUGGAUACCAUGCAAACUAGCAUGAUUGAAUCGCUGCAAGCGGCCAUUCGCGCAAAAUUAACCACGGCCACAAAAUCGUCAAUGCUCCGAUCACUAAGGAACACGGUCAAUGACAUAUUGGACAAGUACAUGAACCAGGUUCGCGAGUGCUUGAGAUCGUUUCGUCAGAAGCUGGAGUAUCAAACUCAGGAAAUACGAAAUUCAAAUAUGGCCCUUGUCGACACACUUCGUGAACUUGGCUCACAAAUCACUGUCACGGAAGAGCAUAUUUCGGGGAAGUUGGAAUCGAUCGAAGGUGGACGACAAAGUUUUGUUGAUCAUCAACGCAAACUCUUUGAACAAGAGCUACGUGUUCACAUGAUGGAUGUGACGUAUAUGGAGAAUAUUUUGCGCUCCGUGACGAAUGCAAUUACUCAGAUAAAAUCUAAUGUGGCUGAUAGUGAAAGUCAGAAGAAGCGUCUACGGCAAGAGCUGGCUGAAUUCGAUUCAAUUCUUGGUCGUCUAAGCGGAUUUGUUCAAGCUCGUGAUCACCUAUUACAGCAGGUAAUCACUGAGACCAUUCCACUGAUGACGGGAUUUGCGAACUCCACCUCAAUGCAACCGGUCGCUCUGAGUGAGUUUAAAUGGAACGAGAGUGAUAGAGCAAUGCAACAUGAAGCAAGUGCCAUGGCUAUCCGGUUAUUGACCGGGCUGUGUUCGAAUGCGGCGGAUCGUUGCGUGUUUUUGAACUGUCUGCGUGCACAAACUGAACCACCAAUGGAUGAGCAUGCCCAAGGAGGAGGACAACCUUCUACAAACCGUAUUGGUCAGGUAAUCCGAAAUGAUCAACGCACCGUGCAACCCGAACCAACUGCCCAGUCCAGUCUACCCAGAGAACCGGUAUCUCUCACGAGUAUCACAUUUCUCUCCACCACGCAUGUCAGUCGAGCAGGACGAGCUGCCACAGAUGACGCGUGUAUUCGUGUUGUUCAGAGCAUUAUGAAGGCCCAAACAAGAUACACAGACCAUACAGACGAAAGCGCUCCAGCCUCCAUCCCAGGAACUGCAGAAACGGUAGAGCAGGGACGAGUUAUGGGUUUCAUGGACGAUCUUGCCGACGGAAAUGAAGACCACGCCGGUUCGGUUCAGUCAGUGUCUCGGCCCAGCCUUAAACAGGGAAAAGAUAAACACGGAAAGAAGGACUAUAGCCAAAGCCCUAAAUUGAAGCAGGUGACUGAUAAGGUAGAAAAAAAGACAAAGGGUGGUUCACGUAACCGUGCGCCAAAGUCCGCAGCGAAACGCUGCAAGAUGGAAUCAUACUAUGAAGCAUUUGGAUCAACACCAACGCAAGUAACUGGUCGCACCGAACAAACAAACACAUCAGAUGUCAGUGGCCGCCGACCCAAUACUGUAAUGUCCACGGAAGACAAGUUCAAUGUAGAAAAAAUCACCUUGCUUGGGCGAGUCAGACUAAUAUGCCGUGAAAACUUGACCGUCGCCCUUCAACUAACGGAGUCUUACUACCGUCAGAAAGGGCUUCGUCGUCCGACACGUCCACAGUUUAUCCCGCAGUCGUUGGAUGAUGCAGCCAGCCUAUUGGUCAGUCAGCUGAGGAAGUAUUAUGCAGAUGCCGAAGCAUAUCGAGACAAUGAAGUCCGUGGCCAGCUAGUAGACGAAAUCAAGCUGGAUAUCCUAAUUUCCCUACGCGCAUAUACACAACAAAUGUGGGAACGGUUCCAUAAGCUAAAUGCAUUACGUCAAAAACAUAUUGAACUACUUCAUCCAUAUCUCGGAGCACCAUCCAAUAAAAAACUCUUGGAACAACUGAGCAUAGAUGAGGAGAAACGUCAUGAAGAAUAUCUACAACUCGCUAAGGAACUUCACCGACUGCGCCAUGCUGUUGUCACUAAAUACGGUCGGCGGGGUUUUAGCCAACUCGGUGGUCUCACAGACGGCCUCUUCAUUCGUUUUGAUCGGUUGACCAGUGAAUAUGACAUAGAAGAAAUACCGGACAUGCAGGCUGUGUACGUUGAGUCAGACUCGUUAGCCUUGGACGGCGUAGAUAAGUCACCAAAACCCAACUGGGAAACGGAUGCGGUAGAAAAGCCUUUGGAACUUAUGUCUCGAGGCAAAAAGACAUUCUAUGCUGUGGAAUCCGCACCUUGGGAUAGUCCUUCGAAUUCAACAUCCCCAGCUCUUCCCUCGCUUCAGAAUUUAUCGAUGUUUCGCUCUGACAGACCAGGUAAAGAGCCUAAAAAUCGGACCCGUGGAGGACGGAUGCAAAUUCGAACAGGAGAAAUGCGCUCUCCAGUUUCGUUUGAUGGAAACGCCAAGGUUCAAAGUAAUCAAUCGAGUUACUGCGUUGUCACAGCGAAAACCACUCGAGCACACAUCAGCGUGUUGGAAUCAAGAACGUCGGCAGCAGAAGUAAGUUUACUCCUUUAG